AUGCAGGAUAGGGGGCUUGUUAAUUUUGCCAACAUUACUAGGCUCAGCAAGGGUAUCUUAUCUGCAAUUCAGGAAAGGAGCAUCUCUCCCGCAUGCCACGAUUUUGAUGGACUCACAGAAUUGCCAUAUACUCUACGACUAUACACCCCCAAGAGUGUCCGUAGCCUGAAGCAUUGGUCAACAAUGAAUUUGGCUUGCACGAGGCUUGCAGGAGGAAGUUACGUUAUAUCGUUUCGGGGUGUGCUGCUUUCCACUCCUGAGAGGUAUAAGAACAGAAAGUCGCUUUCAAUCUUCUGUUUUUCGUUCUCCCAGUUUGAAUCGCCAAAGGGCUUGCACCAUCCUCACACUUCUUCUGGCACACUUCUUCUGGUCACACCAAGCGUCUCCCUGAACAUCCUCCUACUUUGGCCUCUUUACUUGACUCCUCUUCGAUGCUCCCCGGCAGCAGCCACUGUGUGCAAUACAAACCAACGGGUGCAGCGCUCACUAACAUCUGUACCAAUACCGCUAGAAGCUAUCAAGAAGCUUUCUUCGCAGUUUUUUACGGACUACUUCGCAGACAUUUUCGUUAUGCCUACCCCCAAUAAACAGCCGGAUUCCUCAGGGCAGCAAGGCGCUGCUGCUACAAAUGGACAAGCGGCAAGCAGGGGCAAUGAAAAGGGUGGUAACCAGAACAGCAGCAGCACCACACACAACUCAUCUGGUGUAGCCUUUAUAGGCAAUUUGGACCUGGGCGACGGAGCCAUUAAGGUCGAUUCAACGCCAUAUUCUACAUACUCGAAGGAGGGUGGAGUCAGCACUGGCACAAAGGAUUGA